GAACAUCGGCGCCUUUAUGAGGUCCACGCGAGUAAUUAACGUGGGGAUUUAGCAGCUUUUUACACAAACAGCAACUGUUUUGACUACGCGUCGCGUCGUGGAAGAGAUGAUUACCCAUUCGGCACCAGAUCGUCAAUUAUCUGUCACAUUAUCGUCAAAGGAUUACAUAUUUAUUCCAUAAGCCGGAUAAGUGCAUUAUUUCUCAUGCCAAAGGGAGGGAUGGGGUCACCAUCAAUCUCAAAAUCAUCGCAAUUGAAGCGCAGUCAUGAGACCGGCGACUCGACGGAGGCUUGCGACACUCUUCCUCCAUUACCAGAUGAAAAUUUUGGUAAUAGCUUGUCAAGAGCGCAUUUUGGUACCAUUGGUGAUGCCAAUUUUGUAGCAGAUGCCCCAGUUUCUACGGAUUUCGCAAGGCAGAGAAGUGCCGACGACUUCCAAAAUCAUAUUCCGCAAACCGGCUCUUCAAGGAUCCACUCCCAGACGACUAGAUCAACCGAGACCUCUCAGGCGCACUCCGUGUCUCCAGAAUCCAAACGCAGAAAAACCGUUGCCCCAAGAACUCCCACUAAAAGAGAGGUGAUUGAUCUGACUGGCGACGAUGACGACGGCGACAACGAGAUCCACAGAAGAAAUCCCAACAGCCCUUCAAAAUCUCGUAAAAACCCGUCCACCCCUAAGAAGCAAGAAGAGAAAAGGCUGAGAGUUUUCCGCAACCAUGCUCCUAGGAGCUACCUGGUCAAGUUAGAGCGUGCUUUGACCCAAAGAAUGUUUGUGCUCAACCGAUCUCGAGAAGGCAGCACCCCAGAAUCUCCAUCUGAAGUCAUCGAUCUUGCCGGUAGCACGGGCAAUGUGUAUGGUGUGACUAUCGCUCAUUUGCCUCGAUGCACGUGUCCUGAUUACUCUAAAGGCAAUCAAUGCAAACAUAUCAUAUAUGUGCUUGUGAACAUACUGAAGGCACCCGAACACCUCCAGUAUCAACUUGCGUUCCUCACAUCGGAACUGCACACAAUCUUCGAAAAUGCUCUUCUCCCCAUUCACAAGGUGGAGAAGAGUGAAGAUCAACACCCUGGAAAGCGCAAGCCAGUGGAAGGAGACUGUCCGAUCUGUUUUACAGAAAUGAAAGCAAGUGAAAACACUGUUUGGUGCAAGGCUUCCUGCGGAAACAACAUCCAUAAGGACUGUUUUCAAAAAUGGACUGAUAGCCAGCAAGGGCUAGGAGUCACCUGUGUUUACUGCCGAGCGCUCUGGCCCGCAGAUGACGAUACUUUUCAGAGAAUGCUCAAAUACGGAGAAGUCAAUGAUGAAGGCUAUGUCAAUGUUGGUGAGCAGCUUGGAAUGUCCGAAGACCGAGAUACUUCUACGUAUCACUGGCCGAGAAGGCGGCGCCGUCGCUACGGUUCUCCGUACGACUGGUGGUACUGA